GUCUGUACCUCAGGGUCCGCCUCCAUGAGUUGGUGGCGUGUCUGGCCUAAAUUGGCAGCCACAGGCGCAUCAGCCACAGUCUCCGCCUCCGCCACAGGAGCCUGGGCGACAGUUCCAUCCCAUUCCCUACAGCCUGAUGUGCGAGCAACAGGAAAAAGAAUUUUUGAAAUUUGGAAAAGAAAUGCCAUUCUUCCUCCUUUCCUGAGUUGAGUUGAUCAUGAUGGUGGUAGUCAUGGGGAGAGUUAAGGGAUGACAGGACCAAGGCCAGUUGUCCUUAGUGGACCAUCAGGUGCUGGAAAAAGCACCUUGUUGAAAAAACUUUUUCAAGAAUUUGGCAACAUUUUUGGCUUCAGUGUCUCCCAUACCACGAGGAACCCUAGGCCUGGAGAAGAAAAUGGCAAAGAUUAUCACUUUGUGACCAGGGAGGAGAUGCAGAGAGACAUUGAUGCUGGCGAAUUCAUUGAGCAUGCUGAAUUCUCAGGAAACAUGUACGGGACAAGCAAAGCCGCUGUGCAGGCUGUGCAGGCGAUGAACCGGAUCUGUGUGUUGGACAUAGACCUGCAAGGAGUGAGAAACAUCAAGAAGACGGAGCUACAGCCCAUCUAUAUCUCCAUCCAGGCGCCAUCCCUGGACAUUUUGGAAAAGCGACUGAGAGACAGGAAGACCGAAACAGAGGAGAGCCUGCAGAAGAGGCUGACUGCAGCCGCCGCUGACAUGGAGAGCAGCAAGGAGCCUAACCUGUUUGAUUUGAUCAUCAUCAAUGACGACUUGGAUGAGGCUUAUCUGAUGCUGAGGAAGGUCCUAGCCGAGGAAAUCAAGAAGGCCCAGCAGCCCAAUGAUUUAUGAAUGGAAACCUGAGGCCAUCCCACUGCCCUUCCCUCUCACCCCCUUUUCAUUCCAAGAAACAUUCCUUUUCAUCUCAUUCUUCCCUGCUCCAAACCACAGAGGAGCCUGGGUGUGCAUCUGCCAGAACCUUGGGCAUCUUGGGCUAGAGUGGGGGAGGGGGUGGCCUGGGCCUUUUGGACCCCUCCCAACUUCUCCCACCAUCAAGACCCCAGAGAUGUCCUCAGUGCACCCUCCAAAGACCCAUUCUGGGAGAGAGACUCCCCAGUGCUACACUGCCCCCACUGGCUCAGGCUCGGAGCCACGCGGCAAGGUUGGUGAUGGAAAUGUAGCCCUGCAGUGGCCUCUGGACCAGGGAGGGGACAUAUAGACCCAAUAGAGACUUCCAAGAGGCCUGCAACCAUUUAAACCCUGGAUCUUCAGGUUCUUGUAUGCCCUGCCAUCAGCUUGGCCACGUCUGGAUAGCAGAUUAGAUGCGAGUCAAUACCACAAGGCUCUCUGGAGAAGAGAAAAGAAAUCCUGCUGCUUUCAAUCUGCACGGUGGGUUCUCUGAGGAGCCUGACCGUCAGGCUCCCCCGGGGAGGGGAGGGCCUGCCUUGUAUUUGGCAGCAAAAGCAGCAACUGGGCAGCAACCAGCUCACAGGACCAUAUUGCCAAGCUCUGGAAAACAUCCCUUGAGUCAUGAAUCUCCCUGACAGUGAGUUAGCUCUAAACUGCCAUCCCGACCCUCUGACUUGGAGGGUACAGUGGAUUUGUGAACAAUUUGGAGUUUGGGAAACAUUCUGGGGACCAUUGGGAUAACUCCCCCCAACACACACACACACACACAUUCAUAUACCCCCAUAGUUCAGACACCAGGACUCAUCUCCUGACCCCGUUACCCCGUCUGGAGAAUCCAAUUCGUGCCCCAUCCUUCCUCAUCAUCCUUCCUCUUGCCUCCCUGUUCCCAAGCUAGACUAGAUCUGUGUUGAACGGCUUAGUCAGGCAUUGACCAUAUGUCCAGGAGUGGCCCUGGUUCCAUUUCACCCUGGUCUCUGUAAUCUCCUGACGGUCCUUCUCUGAGCCCAGAACCCAGCUUAAAAUAAAAUACCUUUUAUUUUAGAAA